AUGCAGGCGGCUUACGUCCUCGUUCCAGCACCUCAAUAUCUCACCAACGCGAACGGACCAAUAAUGUACCCAGCGCCCUACCCCGUUGCAACGUCUUCAACCCUCAAACGAAAGAUCGACUACCCCCCAGUCCCAACAUACUACUACCCCGCUUACCCUAUUCCAUACCACUAUCAGCCAGCCCCCAUAGCAUGGAAGAAGCCGAAACUUACUCAAGACACAACCCCGGCUCCUCCGGAGGAAACGACGUUACCUCCCAGUUACAUCUACUGUCACCAAUGUGGGAAGCGGAGGGAGAGAGACGAGAGUGCACACUGCUCAUUCGUGGAAAUGGAUGUCGUCACCAAGGAUCGCCCGGCCAAAACGCGUCGCUGCCACAACAAAUACUGCCGCUCUUGCCUGAGCAGCAAAUAUAACGAAGAUUUAGACAACAUCAAAGCCAGCAUUGCCCCAAAUCAGACUGGUCGUAUCGGCGAGCCCUACGACUUCAAAUGCCCUAAAUGCCGCGAUGUCUGUUCCUGUUGGCGUUGUCGCAAAGCAAAGGGCCUUGAGCCACUCGGACGGCCAGAGCGCAAAUCCAAGACUCGAGCGGAAGGGACCAGCAAAAAGCCCGUUGCUGCACGUCAUCUACCCGCCUUGCAAUGGAACAAACUCCGAACCGGACUUUCGGUUGAAGACGCCGAAGCGCGACUUCACAUUCGCGAGUUUGUCUUGCGGUUCUUUAGUGCCUCAAUUCCCAAAGCACAUCUCGAGGAAUUAGAGCAGAUCGGUGGCCACGGACGAAGCAGGUUUGAGGACGACGACUUUGUGCCAUGGAUCAGUGAGCCCUGUCUGAAAUCUGUCAUAUUGGCCUUCCUUGCCAUUCUCAUCGAGGAAGAAACUAACGGCACAAUCAAGAAGGCGUUGCAAAAUGGCGUCAAGGACCUACGAGCCAUGGGACUUGGCUUGUCCAAAAUUUGGCAGAUUCUUUCAUCACUUCGCGACGCAUUGGAUACCUCAGAGGCUGGUUCCUCUGAUGGCAAUGAAUCAGACGACUCAGAGACUGUCCCAUCCUUCCCUGACCCUGCACCCCUGCCUGAUUCCGCUAAAUAUACUUCUCGACGCACGCGUAGCACUGGGACUUCGGUUGUCGACACCGUUCAGAUGAUUCCUGUUCUUCUCGGCCUCAUUGACGCAGUUGUGGAAACGCCUAGCAUUCGUUCAGAGCUCGACAACAUUGCUAAAGAGUUCAAAGAUCUCGUCCGCGACACGAAAGAAGCCAAUCGAAAUGUCAACGAUAGAUGGGAGAAAGUCAAGAAGGAGGUUGACGCUACAAACGAACAAGAGUUCAAAGCAAGACGAGAAGCACACAAACAACUCCUCAAAGAUAUUGACGGUGCCUCCAAAGUAGCUGCCCAUCGCUUCAAUCCGCGCUUUUCCCCUCUUGGCACAGACAGAGACGGACGCAUCUAUUACGCCCUUUCACCGCCAGUCACUGAAUCCGAGGGGGCAUUGGAGUUCAUUUCUACUGUUGCUGCUGAGACGGACGAAACAAAACCGAGUUACAAGGCCAAGCGAAAGCGGAAGGUGAAGCGCGAGGAAGAUCCCAAGUCAUGGUCGUGGUUCGUUGCUGUUCAUGGCACCAAACCACCAGCACCCCUCGGUGUCCUUCCUUUCAAAUCGGUGAACCGAAAAGACGAGACUGACGAGGAGUCGGAUGACGAUGAAAGUGUGGACAAGUGGUGGGCGAUCGACAAGCCCGCAGAAAUUCGCAAACUCAUGACAUGGAUUUCGACGAAAUACCGCCUCGACGAGGACGAGGAGUCUGUCGAUGACUCGGACAGUGUGGUUACCGGGCCAGAUUUGGGGGACAUUGACAUGUCUCCACAGUCGUCUCGGUUAGAGCUGCUUGCACUGGUCGGAAACUUGGAGGAUUUUGUGUCUGGUCUGGAAUACCGAUUGCGAGACAGCGAGGGUGCUGGCGUAUUGGGCUUAGGUGAUAUCAAUAGCGGAAAGGGCAAGACGAAAGUGGCUUAA